AUGGGCUCAAACACUCCCUGGACCGCCCAGUCCGUUAUUGGGACGCUAUCACAUCCUCUAGCAGAAAACAGCACCUCGCCCAUCCCUUUCUUUCACCUCCUAGAACGAUUGAAAACUACCAAACGAGAAGGCUGGCGACGGUUCAAUAUAUCCAAUGGCGAGUCUAUAGCCGAUCACAUGUAUCGCAUGUCUGUCAUGACGAUGCUGGCCCCGCCCUCGCUUGCCUCCAAAUUGAAUAUCCUUCAUUGCACGAAGAUGGCGCUCGUCCACGACAUGGCUGAAUCGAUCGUUGGCGAUAUAACGCCCGUUGAUACUGAAGUGACCAAGGCUGAGAAAGCAAGGCGCGAAGCAGAAGUGAUGGAAUACAUCUCUAAGACGCUACUGGGUAGUGUCUUUGGUGGAACUCCGGGCGAGGGCUUUCAGAAGAUUUUUGAAGAAUAUGAAGAAGACAAAACGCUCGAGGCACGGUUCGUGCACGAUAUUGAUAAGAUGGAACUGCUUCUGCAGACUGUCGAGUAUGAACGGGCCCAUGGUGGGAAACUUGAUCUAACGGAGUUCUACCAUGUCUUCAAAAAAAUACGUCUGCCGGAAAUCAAGGCAUGGGGAGAGGAAGUUCUUCGAGAAAGAGAGGCAUUCUGGGCGGAUAAGCCUAACCCUCCUACUCUACCCCAGUGA